AUGCUUGUAAACAUAAUCAUUAGUCGGGAGCGGGACAUUGAUUCAAAGUUCAAAAGUCAUCGAAAAAUUGAUCAGGCCGGAUAUUUCACAAAGAAGUUAAAGAUGAAAGAACAGUUAAUCGAAGAUGAUUACAAGGACGACAAGGAGGAAGAGGUUGAAAAUGGUGAAGACAAUGAUGAUGAUGAGGAUGAGUUUUCUUUCGCGUGUGGGAUAGACACACUAUCGAUAGCGGCGAAUGAGGCAUUUUACAAUGGUCAAAUCCAACAUCUGUUCCAGUUAUUCAAUCAAAAUCUCCUUCUAUCCGACAAAGAUUUAGAAGGUUUGAAGAAACAAUUACCAAUAAGGACACUGGUCAAGAAGAUAUUUAUACAAACAGAAGAUAACUCAAUUCCGGCAACUUCAUCUUCUUCUGAAGAAUUCGUCGGGCCCUUUUAUGAAUGGUCGAAAAAUAAAGCAAUUGAAGCUUCACCAGACAAUCAUGAGGUAUGUAAAAAGAGUAAUUCCACCGGAUUUUCAAAGCUAUGGAGAUUCAAAGAUUUUCUUCACUGGAUUAACAAUGAUGAAAGAAACACGUUUGUGUUCUUAAAACCAACAACUACGGUGGCUAAAGUAGAGGAAUAUAUUAUUCAAAAGAUGAAAAAAAUGUUUUUGGAGUUGGAUAAGAAGAAGAUCUCCGGCGAAAUUAAAGUCAUCGGAAAAGUGACGAAGAAGAAAGGUGUGAAGAAGAGUGAAGGUGUGGUCUUUUAAUGGGUGGGGUGGGAGUGGUCUUUAAAUGGGUAGGGUAGGUGUGCUUAUGUGAAAGAUCUAUAUUGUAUAAUACCAUACACAUGUAAUGUCACAUAUUAUUUCGUCAGGGGUAGA